CCUCCUUGCGCUUUUCCCUCCAUUUCCUUCACAUUUUCCCCUCCUUUUUUUCUCACGCUUUCCCCCCUUCUCCCGCCAUUUUCCUAUCCCGCUUUGCCUCCGCUUCCCCUCACGUUUUCCCUUAUUCUCCCCCUCACGCUUUUACCCCCCUUUCCCUGCAUUUUUCCCUCCCCACUUCAUCACCAUUCCCCCCAUUCCCCCCAUUUUCCUCAUGCUGUUCCCCCCACGUCCCCUCCCCGCAGCACCCAGGACCCCCCGACAUGGAGGACAAGCCCUGGGCAGCCCUCGGCCGCUUCGCCAGGCAAUCCCACACCGUCAGCCGCUGUCGCCGCGACACCGACGCCACCAGGCCCGACAGGCUCUGGUCGUCGAGCCCUCGCCAGACGGACGCACGCCGACACCGCCAGGCCUCGCCGCUCACGGUAUACAUACGGCGACCCGCCUCGCCGCCAUGUUUUUCCCAAAACUCCCGGGUUUAUCCCCAGAUUUACCAGCACCGACAACCGCCCCCCGGCGCGCCGGGCUCGCCGCUGCCCUCGCCGCGCUCACUCUGCCGCCCCCGCCGCCGCCGCCCCCCGCCCCGCGGUGGCACCCCCUCGGUCCGCUCCCACCUGGAGGAGCUGAAGCGGAGGCAGAGCAGCAUUGACGAGAUGAAGCGGCAGGCGUGGGGCGGGGACCCCCAGGUGAGCCGGGGGGAGGGGGGGGGCCCCCCCCCUGCCCCACAGCCCCCCCCCGCGGAGGGGGCAGGAGGAGCCCCCCCACUCCCGUGGGGGCUGCUGGAUGGGUGGGAGGAGCCAUUCAGGACGGUGACUCCGCCCCACGGCCCCGCCCUUUAUGCCCCCUCCCGUGGGCCCCAUAGCGUCCCCCUGUUGUGCCCUAUAGAUGCCUCCUACGGGCCCCACGCUGACCCUAUACCGUGUCCCAUAACCGCUUCCUGCAGCACCCCACGGCUGCCUCGUGUGGGGCCCAUAGCCACUUCCUACACUGCCCCAUAGCCGCCUCCUGUAGUGCCCCAUAUUGACUUUGUAUAGUGCCCCAUAGCCGCCUCCUAUACUGCCCCAUAGUGACUUCGCAUAGUGCCCCACAGCCGCCUCCUCUACUGCCCCAUAGCCGCCGCGGGAGCUGGCCCCGCCCCGCCCCCUCGGCCCCGCCCCGCCCCCUCGGCCCCGCCUGCGGCCCCGCCCCUCCCAGCGCCUGGCCCCGCCC